AUGAAUUCAUUUACCAUAGAAAAACAACUUCCACCCAAUUUAAUUGAACCAAAUAAAGUACUACAUAUAUGUAGUCAAUGUACACGUACAUUUAAAGAUAUAAAUAAUUUUCGUGAACACUUAUUUCAAGAACAUGGUGAACUUGGUGUUAAUGUUCGACAAUGUCAUCUUUGUUCCUAUGCUACAUUACUUAAAUCAAAAUAUGAUUGCCAUAUAAGAUGUCAUUUAAACAAUAGAGUUAUUCGAUGUCAGAAAUGCAACUAUUCAACAAUUAAUAUUAGACAUAUGUCAAAACAUGAACGCCAACAUAGUGUAUCCAAUGUAGUUAAUACAACAAUAUCAAAUGAAAAUCCUAUACGAGAAGUUAAACGAGCAAGAUUUGAAAAUAUUAAUCCAUCACCAAAUACAAAUUGGUCAACAACACUUUAUAUUAAUACACAAAUAAAAGAUGAACAUAUGAAAACUAAUGAUGAACAACAAACAGGAUUUUCUUCAUGUUUUUUAACUGAUCAACUUUUAAUGCCUGAUAAUAAAAAAUCUCAAGAAAAAUCUGAUGAUACACAAAAUUUACGUUCAUUACAAUCAUUUCGUUCCAAUAGUAGUCAUUCAACAGAAGAAUUAAAUUGUAUACCAUGUACACAUCAACAUAGUCUUAUUGCAUUACGUUCAAAUGUUUGGACAUUACUUCGAAUGUUACUUCCACAACUAUCAUUUUAUUACCCAUCUAUGUCAAUUAUUGAUGAUGAAACAGAUCAUUGUAUUGAUCGACUUGUUGCUAAUUUAAUACAAAUACCAUCCUACUAUGGAUCAUUUCCAUCUGUAUAA